CUUCUUUCUUCUACAGCGCGGUGUGGUAGGGAAGUGAGGCCUGGCCGUUAGCUGACUCACUGUCCUUCUCCGGCCUCUUGCAACGCUUUCGUGAUGGCUGCAGUUAAAGCUCUUAAUCCCAAAGCGGAGGUGGCCCGGGCUCAAGCGGCUCUGUCUGUUAACAUCAGUGCGGCUCGUGGGCUCCAAGAUGUGCUGCGCACUAACCUCGGGCCUAAAGGCACAAUGAAGAUGCUUGUGUCUGGUGCUGGAGAAAUUAAGCUUACCAAAGAUGGCAAUGUGCUUCUUCAUGAAAUGCAAAUUCAGCACCCCACCGCCUCCCUGAUAGCAAAAGUAGCAACAGCUCAAGAUGAUAUUACUGGAGAUGGAACUACUUCUAAUGUCCUCAUUAUUGGAGAGCUUCUGAAGCAAGCUGAUCUGUAUAUCUCAGAGGGUCUUCACCCUAGAAUUGUGACUGAAGGAUUUGAAGCGGCAAAAAUAAAAGCACUUAAAGUUUUGGAUCAGCUUAAAGUAUCCAAAGAAAUGGACAGGGAGACGCUUGUUAAUGUAGCAAGAACUUCUCUGCGAACAAAGGUUCAUGCUGAACUAGCUGAUAUUUUAACCGAGGCUGUUGUGGAUUCUGUUUUGGCUAUUAGACAAGAAAAUGAACCUAUUGAUUUGCACAUGGUUGAAAUUAUGGAAAUGAAACACAAAACUGAAAGUGAUACAAAGUUGAUAAGGGGACUUGUUCUUGAUCAUGGAGCUCGUCAUCCUGACAUGAAGAAAAGAGUAGAAGAUGCUUUUAUUCUCACAUGCAAUGUGUCACUGGAAUAUGAAAAAACAGAAGUGAAUUCUGGCUUCUUCUACAAAAGCGCAGAAGAAAGGGAAAAAUUAGUAAAGGCAGAACGGAAGUUUAUUGAAGAGAGAGUUAACAAAAUCAUAGCACUGAAACAAAAGGUGUGCGGCGAUACUGGCAAAGGUUUUGUUGUCGUUAAUCAAAAGGGAACUGAUCCAUUUUCUUUGGAUGCACUUGCUAAAGAAGGAAUUGUAGCACUUCGGAGAGCAAAGAGGAGGAAUAUGGAAAGAUUGACUCUGGCUUGUGGCGGCAUUGCUAUGAAUUCAGUAGAUGAUCUCACUCCAGAUUGUUUGGGACAUGCUGGUCUUGUCUAUGAAUACACUUUGGGUGAAGAAAAGUUCACUUUUAUUGAAGAGUGUGACAACCCGCGCUCUGUGACUCUGCUUGUCAAAGGACCAAAUAAACACACACUAACACAAAUAAAAGAUGCAAUCAGAGAUGGACUGCGUGCUGUCAAAAAUGCAAUUGAAGAUGGUGCUGUGGUACCAGGAGCAGGUGCAUUAGAAGUUGCAAUUGCUGAUGCCCUUGUCAAACAUAAACCCAGUGUUAAGGGACGAGCCCAGUUUGGUGUGCAGGCUUUUGCUGAUGCUCUUCUCAUCAUUCCCAAGGUCCUUGCACAAAAUUCAGGCUAUGAUCCACAGGAAACCCUGAUAAAACUUCAGACUGAAUAUGCAGAAUCGGGCCAGCUUAUUGGUGUUGAUCUGAACACUGGUGAACCCAUAGUUUCUGCUGAAGCUGGAAUCUGGGAUAACUACAACGUCAAAAAGCAGCUUCUUCAUUCAUGCACUGUCAUUGCAAGUAAUAUCCUUUUGGUGGAUGAAAUCAUGCGAGCUGGAAUGUCGUCAUUGAAAGGGUGAAACCACUGACUUUGUUAUCAUUGCGGUUACAGUACCAGAGUAUCACUUCAAGGCAUUCAGCUACAGCACCGCUACAUUUGCAGAACAUAUUUGCAGAGGGAAGUGGAAUCUGAAGCGUGGUCCCCUAAAAUAGCACCUAUUGAAAUUAAUUUGUUCUAAUGUUGAAAUAUAUUUAUUCUUUUUUUUUAUAGCACUGAAAAGUACAUGCUGCCCAGCAGUCUUUGUACUCAAUAAAAAGAAAACAAAUUUGCUCUUCA